AUGGACUUUAAGAAUGGAUCUUCUUCAUGCUCACCACGAAACCCUAGCCCUCCUGCAUCUCAUAAGAGGAAAGCAGGAAGAAAGAAAUUUCAGGAGACUCGACAUCCUCUCUUUCGAGGUGUCCGGCGAAGGAACGGUAACCGGUGGGUUUGUGAAGUCCGGGAACCGAAAAAGAAGUCCAGGAUUUGGCUCGGCACUUACCCUAAUCCAGAAAUGGCGGCUAGGGCACACGACGUGGCUGCCCUGGCUCUCCGAGGCAGCUCGGCUGCUCUCAAUUUCCCUGACUCAGCUUGGCUCCUCCCGGUCGCCACCUCAUCCUCCGCCAAGGACAUCAGAGCAGCUGCGGCCGAAGCCGCCCACGCUUUCCGACCAACCUCCUCAAAUGCUCAUCAGAACAUUAGAGAGCCUUUUUUCUCAGUUGAAGAAAAGGAAAAGAGCAAUAGUGAAGGUGGUGAUGAGUGUCGAAGUUUGUUCUUGGACGAGGAGGCAUUGUAUAAUAUGCCGAGCCUGUUAGAUCAUAUGGCCGAGGGUCUGCUUCUUAGCCCUCCUUCUAUCUGCCGGAGGGCCUUGGGUUUAGGUUUGGACGAUGAUUUUACGUGUCAAGUAGACUUGACUUUAUGGCAAGACGACUAA